CUGUACUGUCGUCUAUACGGCAGCCUGUGCUCCAUUCAAACAGAAUCCAAAAACCCGCAGCAAAGCAAAUAGCAUAUAACAAUUUAUUGCGUUUACCAUCUACUUACAUUAAACGUAAUUAGUUGGUUACAGCAUCUCUCCUUGCCAGAUAAAAAUGGCCCAGAUUGAACUAUCUGUGUAUGUGAAAGCACCUUACCCAGAGUCUCCCGAGUGAAGUGCUGAAGGCGGAGCUGUAAUAUUCGGUUUCUCCAUCCUCAAAAAUGUGCGCUUUACCGCAAGAGGGUCGUAUCCAAUUACGUAGUCCUUCUCCGGAGGGAGACAUACGAGAAAAACCUCGUUUGCCACGAAUUCCCUCAACUGAAAUAAAGGAACGCUCGAUAGCUAUCUUUCUUUUCUCGAGUAUUGCAUGAAAUGUUUCUAUUUCAUCAAGGGAUUCUCCUUCAGUGGAAUCAGGAGCGUGAUAUGAUGAUUGCAUCACAAUCCGGCCGAACUGGCUUUUCUAAUCUUAAUCUCAAGAACGGUCGACAACACUGAGCCAAGAAGAAGCAGUUCAAUCAUGCCCUCAACACAGAAGAACCCUAUGGGCGUUGGUGAGUGAAGAAGGCAGGACAUCUCGCAGCCUUGAAGGAGGCUGGUGUUGUUGUCCUUGAACACAACUCGGAUCGUGUGUUUGGACUCCGCAGCAGUCUGCAGUUCACCUCUUGGUUCUAGAUGGAGGACUCUGUGUGUUUGUGAGCCUGACCCAACGUCCUGACGGGUGCAUUGUCUGAGGAAGAGUAAAUAUGUCCCUCUCUACGGUGCUGGCGAAGGCCCUGUUUGACAAUGCAGCAGAGAGCCCUGAGGAGCUGGCCUUCCGGAAGGGGGACAUCCUGAUGGUUCUAGAACAGYAGCAGGGAGGCGGUCCUGGCUGGUGGCUCUGCUCCCUCCACGGGCGCCAGGGCAUCGCCCCCGCCAACCGCCUCCGCCUCCUCCACACCYCCCCGGGGUCUGACCCCCGACCCCCCAGCCGCGCCCCCAGCGAAGACUCCGUGUACCUCUCCCCUGGCCCCCUGGCCCACACAGCAGUCUCCACGGAGGACAUAGMCAGCGUCUACCGCACCCCACCUAGCCUGGGGGAGGCCCUGUACCAGAGCCCAGGGGCGGUGCCUGUCGCCUCUAGACCAGAGGUCCUCCGACAGGCUGAGGUAGGGGGUCGCCCGCGCUCCCGCUCCAGCUCUGGCACACGCCCCCUACCCGAUUGGGACGGGGGGGUGACGGGGCGCCCGCGCUCGCCCUCACUCCGAGGCAGAGAUGCAGACUCAGCUGGGACUCUUUACCAGACCCCCUCCACCCCCACACUUCUUGGGCCCCAGCAACACAGAUCAGCAGGGGGUCUGACUGGAGCCCCUGGCCCAGAGAAUGUCUACCUGGCCCCCAGUGGGAUGCCCCGGGCUGUGGGUCUAGUUCCAGAGGGGCCAGAGGAUGACAACACCUACCUUGUCCCCAGGGAGACUGUAGUGGCUGCAGGCCACUCUGACGGCUGUUACCUGGUCCCCAGAGGUACCGUACUGCCCAGCGAGGAGUUCUACCAGACCCCCACAGGAUUGGCAGCAGGGGUGGCCGUGGCGACCCAGGUUACCCCCAUCGCUACCAGGAUCCUGGAGACUCAGAGCCUCACCCCUUCACAGGUCAACGGGGACAGGGGGGCCCCCCUCAAGCCCCUCACCCCUAGUUCCAAACUGGCACAGGACACCCCUGGGAUGAUGUACCAGACUCCCACCCAUGUGGGAGCAGGGAUUCUCAGGACUCCACCCGUCCCUGCACUGGGAUCCCCCAAACCUCAGCUGAAAGGCGUGACCCCCAAAACCACAGGAACCCCCAGAGGUCAGAGUGGUGUGCCCUCCACCGCUCCCAUCGCCAGGGGGAAGCUAGCUCCAGCUACCCCCGUCAGGGGGUCCCCCUUGCUGGCCAGACCAGGACAGGGACAAGGCAGAGUGCCCAGGUCACCAAACGUUGCCCGUAAGCCCCCUCCUCCAGCCCCUCCAGUGAGGGGGGUCACCAGAAAAGACUUGCCCCAGUCUGGAACCCCUGUGUCCACCUCUAAGCCGGCCCUCUCCACCCCCCAGUCGACUCCUGUACCCUUGCAGCAGGAGAGCAAAGAUAGGAGGAUGACGUCGGAUGAAAAGAAGACGAACGGGCAGAAUAAGAAAGGAGAGGGCAGGGAGUAUGCAGAUCCUGAUGACGAGAACCUCGACGAACAGGUGUAUGAUACUCCUCCCAGCAGUAGGUGGCAGCGGCCAGCCCCAGCAGCGCUGUGUGAUGACGAGAACAUCUACAACACCCCCCGCUCCCUCCCCCCACACACUGACCUAGAGUCAGAGGUGUACAAUGUUCCCACUAUAAUACUCAGCACGUCAUCAGACCCCCAGCAGCAGACCUACAACYUCCAAGCGUCUGUUACAACUGCUGAAUCAGAGGAGGACGUUUACAGCGUUCCCUCCCUUCCUGGCCUACCCCUGGCCCCGGGGGACAUGUCCACCAUCAACCCCCUGGAGGAGACGGAGCACGGCCAGGUCUACUCUGUCCCCGGCCCAGGGAAGAGAGCGCCGCUGGGUGAGGGCAGCGACUUGGGCUCCACCUCCGAGCCGGACUGUGGCAUCUACAACAUGCCUGCUCUCACCCUUGACGUCUUGCCCUCUUCGGCGAUGUCAACGUCGUCUUCCACACAUAGGUUAUCUGUAUCCAGUAAUGGGUCUGGUGAUAUCCAAUGGAGAACCUCACUUUCCAGCCUUGUCCAAUCGGUGCUGAGCACUGCCUCGGGUGCACCCGCCUCCUCAAGGGACCUGGCUACCUCAUUGGCUGAGAUCCUGUCCGUCUGGAAGUUGAGUCAACCCAGCGAGGUCCCUCCCUCUCUCCAACUGGCUUGGGCCCGCCUCUCAGAUCUACUUCCUGCUUUGUCUGCCGGUGGCCACGCCCCUCCGUCAGACACCCUGCUCUCUAUGGUCCAACGGGCGCUGGAGGACUCCACCAUCCUGUUACAGACCCAGGGGCGGCCCCGCCUCCCUUCCCAGGACUCCCUGUCCCGGAGACCCCUACCAGCCCUUCCCGUAGCGGAGAACAAACCCGUAGGGAAUGGUAUGGGACCACGCAAGAGUAGCUGGAUCCAGGAAAGGCCCUUACCCCCGACCCCGCAGCCAGCGUUCCCCCUGCCCCUCGCACAACCCUCCAUGACCAUGUCCAUCACAGUAGGGCAGAGCGAUGGAGAGGAAGAGAUGGGGAACGAGUACGCUGGGAUAGGUCUGACUCCUGCCCCGGCACCACUUCCUGUUGGAGACAGUGUGGGAUACGUGAAGCUGCAGGGAAAGCCAGAGCCUCCCUCAGAUGUCCAGACAGAGAAUGGGUCAAACCAGACUGUCCACACCACAGAGCCUAGGUUGAGCCCCUCCCCUCCUCUGCCCAUCUCUCUCUCUCUGGAGGACUCUGAGCUGCUGUCCUUCUACUCGUCUCAGAGCCUGUCCCACCUCUCCUGUCUGGCGGACUCCAUCGACGUGCUCUUCAACAGUGUGCAGGGGAACCAGCCUCCCCGCGUCUUCGUUUCCCGGGGGAAGAGUUUGAUCGUGACGGCGCACAAGCUGGUGUUCAUCGGGGACACGCUCUCCCGCCUCCUGACCUCUCCUGACCUCCGAGCAAAGGUCACAACCUCAGGGGGGCGUCUGUGUCAGGCCCUGAAGGCCGUCGUCGUGGCUACAAAGGGGGCAGCACAAAACUAUCCAUCGGUCUCUGCCACCCAGGAAAUGGUGGACCGCGUGGCAGAGCUGUCCCAGCAUGCCGCAGGAUUCUCCAGCCUGCUAAAGCGCCUCGCAGAGAUAUCUUGACAAUAUUUCUUCAACUUCUCUUCUUGAAAUGCCUUAGUUCAGGGUUUCCCAAGCUCAGUCCUCGGGACCCCAAGGGGUGCACGUUUUGGUUUUUACCCUAGCACUACACAGCUGAUUCA